AUGAGCUCUCUCAACAAAUUGGCAAUCGAUCAACUCUCUCUUUCGGGAAAACGUGUUCUUAUUCGCGUCGACUUCAAUGUUCCUUUAAAGGAGGGAAAGAUCACCAAUAAUCAACGUAUCACAGCGGCUCUUCCGACCAUCGAAUAUGCGUUGAAAAAUGGCGCCAAAUCUGUGGUUUUGAUGUCUCAUUUGGGAAGACCAGAUGGUCGACCACAAGAGAAAUAUACUUUGAAACCGGUGGCUGAGGAGUUGAAGAAACUUUUGAACAGGUAAGGGAAUUUUGGAGAUUUAAUUUCGGGGAAUUUUUGAGAUCUAAUUUUUUUUUCCAGAGAAAUCGUGUUCCUCAACGAUUCCGUCGGUGCCGAAGUCGAAGCAGCUUGUGCCGAUCCAGCUCCAGGAACUGUAAUCCUCCUCGAAAACUUGAGAUAUCACGUCGAAGAGGAAGGAAAAGGAGUUGACGCAAAUGGCGCGAAAUUCAAAGCCGAUGCAGAAGCCGUCAAAAAAUUCCGCGAAUCUCUCACCAAACUCGGCGAUGUUUAUGUCAACGAUGCUUUCGGUACAGCUCAUCGUGCUCACAGUUCAAUGGUCGGAGUUCAACAUUCUCAACGUGCCAGUGGUUUCCUUUUGAAACAAGAAUUAUCGUAUUUCUCGAAAGUUUUGGAUAAUCCAACUCGCCCAUUUUUGGCGAUUCUUGGAGGAGCCAAAGUUGCUGAUAAAAUCCAACUCAUCAAAAAUUUGUUGGAUAAAGUUGAUGAGAUGAUAAUUGGAGGAGGAAUGGCUUAUACUUUCCUCAAAGUUGCACAAGGUGUUAAAAUUGGAAAUAGUUUGUAUGAUGAAGAAGGCGCGAAAAUUGUAAAUGAGCUUCUUGAAGCGGCCAAGGCUAAAAAUGUUCAAAUCCAUCUUCCAGUCGAUUUUGUUAUUGCUGAUAAAUUUGCCGAAGAUGCGAGUUCGAAGAUUGUUUCAGCACAAGAAGGUGUUCCAGAUGGUUUUAUGGGUUUGGAUGUUGGACCGGAAUCGAACAAGAUUUUCGCUGCUGCUAUUCAAAGAGCUAAGACUAUUGUUUGGAAUGGACCAGCUGGUGUUUUUGAGUGGGAUAAAUUUGCGGUUGGAACGAAAUCGUUGAUGGAUGAAGUUGUGAAGGUUACUGCAACUGGAGCUAUCACUAUUAUUGGUCAGUUUUUUUGAACAUGUAAAAUCUGUUCAUUAAAAAAUCUAAUUUCAAAAAUUAUUCUAUAUUUUUUGAAACAGUAAAUUUUUGGCGAAUUUUUUAAAGCAAAUUUUUUAAAUAAUAUUUUUUUGAAUAAACAGAAAACAAGAUUUCAAAAGUUUAAACAAUUUUUUGAAACCGAUGAAUUUUUCUGAAUUUCAUAUUUCACCUAUAUCAAAAAAACUUUGGAUGUAUCUGAGUUUUCCAGAGGAACGUUCAUUAAAAGUUCAAGAUUUCAAAAAUUGUUUACAGUUUUUUUGAAACAAUAUAUUUUUGGGAAUAUCUUAAUGCAGUUUUUUAAAACAUUUUUUCUGUAAUGAACGAAAAUCAAGAUUUUCAACAAGUUUUGAGGCAGUAGAUAUGCGGGAAUUUUUUUUCUGAAAAUUAGCCGUAAAUACUUUUAGAAAUUCAGAACUUUCCCCUAUCAAAAAUCUAGUUUUUUUCCCAGAAUUCCGGGAAAUUUACUGUAGAACCCUCCCAAAAAUCCCCUAUUUUUUAUUUUUCCAGGAGGAGGAGACACUGCAACCGCAGCCAAAAAAUACAACACCGAAUCCAAAGUUUCGCACGUUUCAACUGGCGGUGGAGCCAGUUUGGAACUUUUGGAAGGAAAAGUUUUGCCAGGAGUCGACGCACUUUCAGCCGCCCAAUAA